ACUCUCGACCGCAUAUCUAUAUAUUAUAUAUAUAUAUACACACAGUUCCCUCCUCUUGCUUUCAAAGAAAGUUUUGCAAGUAACCCAGAAAAAUGAUGAUCUAGUAGAAAACCCCCCAAUUUUUUUUUCCGGGGAAAAAAGAAAACAGAACAGGAGAAGAAGCUUGCUGGUUGGAAGAAGAGAUCGAAGGAGGAGAUUUAUUACAGAGGAGUUCUUAUGGAUGUUUUGGGCUUCAUUGGUCCUUUCUCAAUCUGCAAAGAUGUCGCGGGAAUUGCAGGCAACAUCUUUGCCUUUGGGCUCUUUGUCUCACCCAUACCAACCUUUAGAAGAAUCAUCAGAAACCGGUCGACGGAACAAUUCUCGGGUUUGCCUUACAUUUACGCGAUCUUGAACUGUUUGAUCUGCUUAUGGUACGGCACGCCAUUCGUGUCUCCCAACAAUGUCAUGGUCGUGACCGUUAAUUCGAUCGGAGCCGUCUUUCAGCUCUCCUACAUCAUCCUCUUCAUUGUUUUCGCCGAGAAGAAGACAAAGAUGCGAAUGCUCGGGUUGCUUCUCGUCGUGCUUUCAGUGUUUGCAGUAAUUGUAGCUGGAAGUUUGCAGAUACCGAACAAGCUGACGAGAUGGUUCUUUGUCGGGUUCUUGAGCUGCGGAUCUCUAGUUUCAAUGUUCGCUUCGCCUUUGUUUGUGAUCAAUCUGGUUAUUCGGACAAAGAGCCUCGAGUUCAUGCCAUUUUACCUGUCUCUCUCAACGUUCUUGAUGAGCUUCUCGUUCUCUCUUUACGGAUUAUUCAACAACGACGCCUUCAUCUUUGUUCCGAAUGGAAUAGGAACAGUUCUGGGUGUAGUGCAACUGGUUUUGUACUUUCAUUACCACAGAAAGUCUGCAGAGAUCGGAUCGAAAGAGCCCCUUAUCGUAUCUUAUGUAUAAAAUUCUUUCAGAGAAAUCAAUCUACAAGAACUGAAGAACAACAAAUCUUUGCCUCCCGGAUAGUUUAUAUUGAAGCCGGGUGUUUUUUAAGCUCUGGUGAGGUUUCUUGCCUCCUGGAUUUCGGGUUUGUGGAAUUUUUGUUAAUGGAAUCGAACUCGAAGAGUAUUGUGUCUGGUCGUAAAGAUUCGUUAUAUUCUAUUGGUUUCUUCAUCAGAUCUUUGCUCUCUCUCUUUUACUUCAAGGCAAAGAAAGUGUAAAGAAGGUUUGGCAUUUGAACGAAGAACAAGUAUGAAGUUUA